AAAAUGUUAUGCCUCUGAAUACCUCUAGCCUCUCUUAGUGAACAAAACCAAAAACUAGCAUAACUUAGCUUGAAAACUGGAAGUAUGGUGAAAAUGCUCCCCCAGAUAUAACACAAGUGGGAAAAUGUCUUUCAGGUUUCUUCAAUUUAACAACUUCUUAAACCCAUUUCUUUUUUUGCUGUUGUUUGUUUGUUUUGUUUUGUUUUGUUUGUUUAAAUGUGUCAUUAAGAUAUGUUAGAGAUAUUGGUAAGCUAGCAGCUUCCCCUUGCUUCCAGUCUUUUUACUAAGCUAAGCUAAUCAUAUUUCAGACCUAUCUUUUUUCUAGACGCUAAGAGAUUGAAACUGAUAUUGAUAUUUAUUUUCCCCCCUGUCAAUAAAAAAGAGUCAAAGGAGGUGUAUUUCCCAAAAUAUUUGAUUGUUCCUUGACUCCUUGGCUCUAAUCACAAGGCAAAUUACUUCAAAGGCCAAUUUUAUUUCCAGUAGUUACACAUACUCAUUAAAUUAACAGAUUACAUAGGAAAAAAGCUCAAUUUCAAUACAUCUGAAAGCAGAUGCUAUUGUUUUCCCUCUUUGACUGUAAACCUGUGUUUACUGGUGCUGCACACAGAAAACCUGACAAUGAAUGUCCAUGAUGCACUGAGAAGAGGGAGGGAGGAGGACUUUAAGGAGUCAUUUAGAUAAAUGAGUGGAAACCAGAGAGUAAGAAAUAGAAAAGAGAGGGAGGAAAUAAGAGACUGACAGAAUGAGUGAAGAGAGAGAUAAGGACAAAGAGAGAGAGAGAGAAAGCUGUUUUCUUGUUUACUACUUUGUCAAAGCCUGAAGUUACGGGAAGAAGAGCAUCAGUGGAGGCUGGUGUCACUGGGAUUUCUGAACUGCGUUCUUGAAGGCAGCUCUGUUUCCAGUGUGAGGAGAUACAACUCUUGGAUAUCUGGAUACUGCUCUCAGUGUUGGAUCUGAAGUAUAGAUUUUCCUUCUUUUUCAACACAGAACAUUAAUGAAGAUGUCAGCCACUUUUCAGGACCCAAAUCUGCACUUGCUACUUCUUUACCUAUGAAACCACCAAGUCAGUGGUAGUGAAGAGCUGGACCAUUGGCAUCAUCAACCGUGUUGUCCAACUCCUCAUCAUCUCUUACUUUAUUGGGUGGGUGUUUGUCUAUGAGAAGGCCUACCAGGUGAGAGACACAGCGAUCGAAUCCUCUGUGAUGACCAAGGUCAAAGGUUUUGGAGUCUACAAUAACAGGGUCAUGGAUGUUGCAGACUAUGUCACUCCUACACAGGGAGCUUCAGUCUUCUGCAUUAUCACCAAACUGAUCACUACGGAGAAUCAAGUCCAAGGAUCCUGUCCUGAGAGUGAGAAGAAGUAUAUUUGUACACAGAACAGCAACUGCUCAAGGUUCGUUAACAAGCCAGGAAGUUAUGGAAUUCUUACGGGGAGGUGUGUUCCUUUCAACGCCACCCUCAAGAUGUGUGAGAUAAAAGGGUGGUGUCCUGCCGAGAUUGACACCAUCAAGACUACACCAAUGAUGGAGGUGGAGAAUUUCACCAUUUUCAUCAAAAACAGCAUCCGUUUCCCAACCUUCAACUACACUAAAGGGAACUUCCUCCCCACCAUCACUAGCGAUUACAUCAAAACAUGUAACUUUGACAUGGUCAACAACACCUACUGCCCCAUCUUUAGAGUGGGAGACGUGGUCCGCUACGCACAGCAGAACUUCACCAAACUGGCAGACAAGGGAGGAGUGAUAGGAAUAAAGAUCGGCUGGAUGUGUGAUCUGGACAAAUCAGACGACCAGUGUAACCCGUCAUACUCAUUCACCCGACUGGAUGCCAUGUCACAGAAGAAUGCUGUCUCACCUGGAUACAAUUUCAGGUUUGCCAAAUACUAUAAAAUGGAUAAUGGGACUGACUACCGAACAUUGGUCAAAGCCUAUGCUAUUAGGUUUGAUGUGCUUGUCAAUGGGAAUGCAGGGAGGUUCAACAUGAUCCCUACACUCAUCAACAUGGUGGCAGCCUUCACUUCAGUGGGAGUGGGCACGGUGCUGUGUGACAUCAUACUGUUGAACUUCCUGAAAGGAGCGGAGCAGUACAAGGCCAAGAAAUUUGAAGAGGUGUCGGACACAGAGCUGGAUCCCAAGUGCAAUGGGCUGUACCGCUCCCAGCUGUCACUCAGACACAAUGAGACCAUCAUGAGGUCCAGUGACUCAGGAGCAUUUUCUAUUGAACAUUACAGUUAAAGGAGAGGAGCAACAGCCAAAGAGAAGGGAGCAGUGGACCGAGGAAGAAACAUGUGGGAUGGGUUUCAAAAAUAUUUGAUUAGUUUUAAUCAUUCAAAGCCGUCUUUAUAUAAUAUCAUACUUAAACGUCCCCCAAAUGUAUGGUUAAACAAGAUCUGAAGAACCGUGCAGGUUUGUAGAGAAACAUUUAUUGAAUUGUCACUCUGUUGGCCUAAAAUAUUCCAGAAUAGCAAGUGAUGAUGUAAUGAGAAACAUUUUACAAAAGCAUGAGUGUAUUUGCAUGUUGACACUUUAAAAAUGUGACUUUGGCUCAAGGUUUUCUGAGCAAGAAGAAAUGAAUUAGACCUGAAAAAUGAUUGCAUAUUUCAGUUUACUUUGCUUGUUUUGAACUUUGUAUCAUAACUACUGUAAUGUACCACAACUAUAUUAUAAAGACCUCUGAGAUGAGAAAGCAGGAAUAAACAACACAGUUGGCAUGA